GAAGCAGCAGCUGCCCAGGCACACGCACGCUGGCACCUCGCACACCACUGCACCAUCCCUUCCAUGGUGUGGGGUCUGCCACCCCAGAAGGUGACAGCCAGCCUGGCAGCAUGCCCCGAGCACCACCCCUGCCACGGGCACUACGGAGCUGGCCCAGUGUGAAGGUCGUGGUCACUUCUGGGCUAUUGGUAACCAUACUCUGGAACCUGAGUUGCUUCCUCCGACCCUCUGAGGUCUCUAGCAAAGCCCCCAAGCCACUGGUGGUCCUGGUAUGGGAAUGGCCCUCAAAAGAUGUCCCUAAUAUCAGCAGGGACGUUUGCCAUGAGCUGUACAGCAUUGCAGGCUGCUGGAUCACCACUGAGAAGCAGCUCCUGGGCCAGGCAGAUGUGGUGGUGUUCCCCCACACCCAGCUCCAGGCUGGCAAGGACAGGAUGCCCAAGGAGAGGCCACCAGGGCAGAACUGGGUGUGGGUGUCCCUGGAGUCCCCCUCCAACACUAAAGCUCUAGCGGGAUGGAACCAGACCUUCAACUGGGUGAUGACCUACAGGAGGGAUUCAGACAUCUUCAUCCCCUAUGGCAAGCUUGUGCCAAACCAGUCAGCCACCAUGAACAUCCCCACAAAGACUAACUUGGUGUCCUGGGUUAUCAGCAACUACCACAGGACUCAGAAAAGAGCUGAAGUCUACAAAAACCUCUCCAGGUACCUCCAUGUGAACAUAUAUGGGAAAGCAAACAAAAAGCCACUUUGCAAGGACUGUCUCUUGCCAACUACAUCCAAGUCCAAGUUCUACCUGGCCUUUGAAAACUCCAUCCACCAGGACUACAUCACUGAGAAGCUCUGGAGGAACUCACUCAUGGCUGGCACUGUGCCAGUGGUGCUGGGACCUCCCCGGGCCAACUACGAGCAGUUUGUCCCUGCAGACUCCUUCAUUCACGUUGAUGACUUUGGUUCCCUGGAAGAGUUGGCCACUUUCCUGAAGACCAUGAACUCCAGUCAGUACCAGCAGUUCUUUGCCUGGCAGAAGAGGUACAGUGUGAAGCUCUACGCUGACUGGAGGGAGAGGAUCUGCACCAUCUGCACUGCCUACCCCAGCCUGCCCCGUGGCCAUCUCUAUCCCAGCCUGGAGAGCUGGUUCUACACCUAGAGUGGGGCUGGUGUCCUGGGACCAUAAAGAGGAUACUGGGGUCAGGAAGGUGUGGGGAACCUACUGCAAACUGGGAUGUGGAAGCUCCAACAUCUCCACCCAUCCUGGCUGUUGCUACACUGGGACCUUGAGCAACUUCACGUGAUUUAAUUUCUUGCAAAAUUGGACUAAUUCCCCCAGACCUGACAAUGAGCUACCUCACCAGGGUGCUGGCAGGACGAGAGGGUGAUUUGGAAAUAAAUGACACA